AGCGUCGACGCCUUGUACAUUCGAUGCUCUUCAUAUUUACUGGCUCGUAUAUCAUACCGACAACGGGAUAUGUGCAUGAGCAGGUCGGUCCUCCCUACGACAGUCUCCUACUCGCUUCACACACCACACGGCUAUGGACCGCGAGUCUGGACAGUGGAAAGGAUGCCUGGCCUUUUCUUCUUUCUUGUUUCAUAUCCACAGAAUCUUGAGCAGGGAACAUAUGCGAUAUGGAUACCUUGGUGGUGGUUGGCCGUCGCUCUUUCAUUGCUGGUUCUCUUCGAGCUCCUUUGUAUGUAGUGACUUAAGGGCUUGCGGUCAGUACCGUGUAGCCGUCCAAAUGUAUAUGUUUGGGCUCUUGCGCUUCUCAUCCUUUCUCCUUUGCGUCACCGUGACUUACACAGUGAUACUAACCCGCCGUGUCUUUCCUUGUCAUGCUUGCCUGACCCCCAUUACCCACUCUUCGCAUCUUCCCUUUCUCAUUCCAACACAUACCUUCCUUCCCUCCUCGCUGAAAGCCACCACUCGCCUCAACCAUCUAAAACACCCCGGGCCCUUGACGCCUCCCUCUUCCCGCUCACAAUUCCGACACUCACUCGCUCUGUACUAUCAAGCAAAACCCAAGCGAACAAAUCAGGCUCCGUACUACCAACACUCACCUUGUCCGUAUGUACCACUCCCCACUCCCCCUCCCACCCCAACAAUCGCUCCCGUUAGCUCCUUCAAGCCGCGAUCUCGCUCCCAUUCAAGCCCUACCGGACCCCUUACCGUCUCAUCCCACUGCCUCCUCAGCGCUCCAACAUCUCGCCGCGCCUCCGGACUCCGCGCAAGUUCCGCACAGCACGGUAUCCGCAGCAAGACUGCUUGGAGCCCCAAGUAUCCACAGUCGUAAAAAAAAUGCCUUGCGACGCCUUUCAAACCCUCCAUCCUUGAGGCGUAAUUCCCAGAGCGUAAUGAACCCAGAGUUAGCAUUACACACUGCCCCCGUCCGCCGUCCCUCC